GUGAAAAACCCAAACAUUUACACUGGAGGACUCUCCAAAACUGGUUCUGGUGCACAGUAAUUUAGUAUUUAUUGUAUGCACAAUAAGGUACAACUCAAACAGUUCAGUACUGCUGUUAUUGUUACAUCUAUUUUCCAAGAAUUUCUUCGAUUUUCAUAUUUAUGGUCAAUAAAAAGAUAGUCCCACUGAAGUUUUUUGUGUUUAUUCAAAGCAACCAUUGAAUCUCGAGUUAGUUCUACUUGGUAUCUUCUGCGAGAAACAUGAAUUUUGUGUGGACUGUCUUUACAAUAGUUUUAGUGGACUUUGCCUCCAGUCAACAAUUUGUAGGUGACGCAUGUACUUUACAAUCAACUAAAUCACUGGGAGUUUGUAAAUUGUUUAAUGACUGUGAAAAAACACGAAAGGAACUACAACAGGGCCAGUUUCCUCAAACAUGUGGAUUUCAAGGAACACAACCAAUAGUAUGUUGCUCAGAAAGUAGGACAGUGACACCGGAGGCAAGCACAGUUGAAGAAACAAUUACACCACGUCGAUUACCAGGCGAUAUAAGUAAAAAAAAAUGUCGAGAUUACUCUUCUUACGUGUAUAGGGUACUGCCACUUACUAUUAUCGGUGGUGUGCGAGCUGACCCAAAAGAAUUUCCACACAUGGCCGCAGUUGGAUACGAACCAGCUCCUGGAGAUGUGCAAUGGCUCUGUGGUGGAACAAUUGUAAGCAAAAACUUUGUCUUAACAGCUGCACAUUGUUUGAGUGAUAUGAAUGCGGGAAAUGCUAAAUGGGUAAAACUUGGUGUGAACAAACUCACCGAUCAAAGGCAAGAAGUAAAAAUAGCUGACCGGAUAGCUCAUCCUGACUACAGAGCCAAUUCUCACUAUCACGAUAUUGGAUUGUUAAGAUUAGAAAAACCAGCUAAAAUGAAUCCAAACGCACGACCAGCGUGCCUUUAUUUAUCACCAAACAUUACAGCUCGAAGUGCCGUAGCAACAGGAUGGGGUCAAACGUCUUGGGGUGGCGAAGGCAGCAACGAUUUGCUUAAAGUGACUGUUGAACUUUUUAAUUGGAACGUUUGCGACGAGACCUACAAGAAUCAAAGGAAACUCAAAAGAGGCAUUUUGAAUGAUAUUCAAUUUUGUGCCGGCUCGAUGACAGAAGAAAAAGAUACCUGCAAAGGAGACUCUGGAGGUCCGUUACAAAUUAAUCACACCGGUGACGAAAUAAAAUAUAUGUAUGACAUAAUAGGUAUCACGUCCUUCGGAAAAGGUUGUGCUGGUAGUCCUGGAGUAUAUGUGAGAGUUUCAAAUUAUAUCCAAUGGAUAGAAGACAUUGUAUGGCCAUAGAUUUACUUUCACCAUAGAGGAUGUCACGUACUAAAUAUAUACGAGUAUACUUGUCCUUAUUUGCUAUUAUAAGGAACUGCUAUGCCGUGUUACUCUAAAUUACUCGCUGUAAAGUUCUUUACACUUUCUUUCUCUAAUCGAGAAGUAUUGUAAUCGAGUCCGUCGGGAGACUCUCUACUUUUACGUUUUCUCAAACUUUCAUGACCCCUGGAGUACGAAGAAAUAUGUCCCGUUUCCGUCAAUACGUCUGUCAGUCUGUCUGCCGUCUCGGAUUGUUAUUAGACAGAUAUCUCCGAAAGUACUGGGUCGAUUAUUGUAAAAUUUUGUAUUUAGGUAUAUUAGGAAUGUCAUGUAGAUGGUAAAACGCUAAGAAAAAUUUGUCUAAUCAUCCCCACCAAUAAUGUGAUGACGUGUCUCUUCAAAAUUGUACAUGGUAAAUGAGUUUUAAAUUGAGUGGUCUAAUUUUUUGCUACAGUAGCACAGUGCUCCAAGAAAACUUCUUGUAAAAGCACGAGCAGUUAAGAAUCACAUCGUUGUAACGUCAAUAUUUUAGUACUUGGUUAGUAUUAAUUUAUGGUUAAUUAUUAUUAUGGACGUCCCCUGUACCUUGACUAAUGAUUUUUAUUAAGAAACUUGCAAAAAUUAAUAACUUAUAGCUUAUCUCAUAAAAUAAUUUAUGUGAAAAACCCAAAGACUUACACUAGAGGACUCUCCAAAACUGGUCCCAGUGCACAAUACUGCCGUUACUGUUAUAUCUAUAUUCCAAGAAUUUCUUCCAUUUUUAUAUUUAUGGCCAAUAAAAAGAUAGUCCCACUGAA